AUGGCCACAGAAGAAACCAAACUGUUGGCGGAUGACAAUGGCACGCGACGAGCAUCUCUGACAGCUCGACAAGCCUUUGAAGGAGCCGAUGCCAGCGCGUCUCGUGCCUAUCACGAAAGCAAGGGUCAAUCAGACGAAGCCCAUCAGAGCGAAGGAGGUCUGCUCAAACCAAUUAUCUUUGGCGGUCUCGACGGUAUAUUGACGUCCUUUGCCAUUGUGGCGGGAUCGGCCGGAGGCAAUCUGAGUCCCAACAUUGUACUCGUCUUGGGAUUUUCCAACAUUUUUGCCGAUGCUCUGGCCAUGGGAGUGGGAGAAUUCUUGAGUUCCAAAGCCAACAAUGAAUGGAUCAUGAGUGAACGAGCACGAGAGAAUUGGGAAAUGGAAAAUUUCCCCGAAGGAGAAAUUGCCGAAAUGAUUGAUAUUUACAAAGAGCGGGGAAUGGGAGCUGCCGAUGCCGAGAUGGUCGUCAAGACAAUGUCCAAGUACAAGGAUUUCUUUGUCGAUAUCAUGAUGUCACAGGAAUUACAAUUGCAAGUCCCGGAAGAAGAUCAUGUCACAGAGUCCAUGAAGGAGGGAUUUGUCAUGUUUUGCAGUUUUGCAUUCUUUGGAGCGUUACCCCUGCUGGGAUAUGUCAUUAUCCCAUCCAUGUACCCGGAGUUGGGAGAACACGAGCUAUUUGUGACGGCAUGUGUCGUCACGGGAUGUGUCCUAUUCUUGAUGGGAUCCAUAAAGAGCUUUUUCUGUUCUCAGCAUUGGCUCAAGAGUGGUCUCGAGACAUUCUUCCUGGGUGGAGCCUGCGCUACUGUCGCUUUCACCGUCGGACAAUUUGUCGACCAAUUGAUUGGCGAUGAUGCCCCCGAUUUGUAA